UGGUGAAUGUUCUUCUACUCAACUAAUUGAUGGAGAUGGCACAUUUAAUGUCGACGGACUGGAAAAUUUCAUCAAGGAGGUCAAAUUGAGGGAAUGUGGUCAUUCAUACGCCGUAGUCUCCAUCAUGGGUCCUCAUAUUAGUGGGAAGAGUACGCUGUUAAAUCAUCUAUUUGGCACCAACUUUAGGGAGAUGGAUCAUUUUAAAGGGAGGCAUGUCUACAAACCGACUGUUUAGCUCACUCUUAUGAAGUAUUUGGAUUCGGAAAGUGCAAAACCAGUUUGGUGUUUUUCCAGGUCCCAAACCACCAGAGGUAUAUGGAUGGCAACAGCUGCUGGCAUGGAACCGUGUACCCUGGUUAUGGACUUGGAGGGAACUGGAGAAGGAGAGGACAAUACUGCUUUUGAAAAGCAGAGUGCACUUUUCGCUUUGGCUGUCUCCGAUAUAGUGCUCAUAAACAUGUGGUGUCAUGAUAUUGGCCGUAAGCAAGCUGCCAGCAAGCCUCUUCUGAAAACUGUAUUCCAAGUCAUGAUGCGAUUGUUUAGCCCACGGAGAACAACUCUGUUGUUCGUCAUACGGGAUAAAACAAGGACUCCUCCGAGAUAUCUAGAAAAUCGCUUGAGAGAAUUUGUGCAGAAGAUAUGGGACGAGGUUCCUAAGCCACAAGCACACAAGGAAACUCCUCUCAGUGAUUUUUUUAAUGUUGAGUUUGUUGCUCUCUCUAAUUAUGAAUACAAGGAAGAGCAAUUUAAAGAGGAGGUGGCCAGCCUUAGACAGCGGUUCUUCCAUUCUAUUGCAGCUGGUGGGCUCGCAGGAGAUCGAAGGGGAGUAGUUCCUGCUUCAGGAUUUUCUUUUAGUGCUCAGCAGAUGUGGAAGGUCAUUAAGGAGGAUAGGGACCUUGACUUGCCUGCAUACGAGGUCAUGGUUGCUACCGUACGAUGUGAAGAAAUUGCCGACAAAAAAUAUUACAGUUUUACUGAAAAUAAGGAUUGGCAUUUGAUUGAAGAGGCUUCGCAGUUGGGACCAGUUCCUGGUUUUGGAAAGAAACUCGGUUCAAUUCUUGAGGCUUGUUUAUCGGGGUAUGAAUCAGAGGCCAUAUAUUUUGACGAGAAUGUUAGAUCUUCGAAGCGGAAGCAGCUUGUAGAAAAAAUACUUCAACUUGUACAACCGGCUUUCCAAUCUGUUCUUGAACGUAUUGGGUGGGAAACUGUAGAUAAGUUCAAGGAAGCAUUUGAAAAGGCUUUGAUCGGACAGGAAGUGUUUUGUGUGGCUGCUCAUGACUGCACUCAGUCUUAUAUGGCUCAAUUUGACGAAGGAUGCGCAGAUGCCGUAAUUGAACAAGCCAAAUGGGAUACAUCUAGAGAACGGGAGAAGCUGCAGCAUAACAUUGAUGCCCAUGUUGCUUCAGUCCGUGCUGCCAAGCUCUCUGAGCUUACAGAAGCAUCUAAGGCACAACUGAAUGAAGCUCUGUCUAAACCAGUGGAAGCUCUUUUGGAUGGAGCUAAUAGUGAAACCUGGUCGACUAUCAGGAUAGUUCUUGCGCGUGAGACCGAAUCGGCUGUAACUGGGUUUUCUGGUGCCCUUUCUGGUUUAGGCAUGAUGAACAGAGCAAGGAAAAAUUCCUCGCAGGUAUAACAGAUCAUGCAA